GUUUGGGUGUGUUCAAUCUCAACUGACAUCUUCAGUUAUUAAUCUUGCUCUUUUAAAACUAAAUAUUUUAUUAUAUUAUAACGUGCUGAAUUUUCAUUGAUAAACCUUAACUAGUACCUUUAUAAAAAAUAAUCGAAUAUAUAGUGUAUAUAAAAUGAAUAUUAAGUCAAUUAUAUUAUUCUUUUUAUACAUUACUCCUACAGUUUUCUGCGUGAGAUGUUAUCAAUGUGCGUCGUCGCAAAAUUUAAUAGAAGAUACAUGUGGGGCUUACAAAAGAUUCGACACAGAUAGUCAUAUUGCAGUAGAAUGCGGCAGUGAUGAAUCCCAUAUACCUGGAUCAUUUUGUGUAAAGCUCACGCAGCAAGGACCCAAAGGAUUUAUAUGGGAUGGUCGCUGGCGUCAAGUGAUCAGGCGUUGUGCAUCGGUCUCAGAGACUGGAGUAACUGGUGUUUGCAACUGGGGUGUCUAUGAAAAUGGUGUUUACUGGGAGGAGUGUUACUGUUCGUCUGACGAGUGCAAUAGUGCCUCAUCUAUUUAUAUACACAUAGCUCUAUUAUCAAGUGCUAUUGUCGCAGUUAUACUUUCGUAAUAUAUUUCAAAUGUAAUUUUAAAUAAGCAAUCUGUAUUUAUAUAUACUACAUAAACUUGACCAUUAAGUAAGGCUCAUUUUAUGAUUAAUAUUAUAAAAUUAAGUGUGACAUUAAUAUAUAUGUAUAUAUAUUUAUAAUGUAAUAUAAAAUAUAUUAGAUAUAUAUUAAUAUACUAUUACUACUUCUGUUACAUACAAUUUCAGAUAAACAUUUUCCUUCCGCAGAUUUAAAAAACGAAUAGGUUUUUUUUUUAAUUUCAUAGUCAGUUAUGCUUGUUACGUAUCUGCUUUUUCACUUUGAAUAAAUUUUUUUAAUUUUCAAUUUAGAAACUAGAAUCUCAUUGUUUUACUAUAAAUAGAAGAGGAUGCAAAACUUGCAAGAGUGAUCUUUUACAUAAAGCAUAAUUAUUUUUAGUUUUAACAUUUUUCUCAAUUAAAUCCAAUAAUAUAUUUCUUUACUUUUCAGUUUAAAAUUAAGUUAAAUUAAUUACUGUUAGCUUGAAACUGUUGUGACCUUAUAAUAAUUUAACACCACUAGACAAAUUAGAGUAAUUUUUCAUUUAUACUUAAAAAUAAAUGGGUUAAAUGGGUAAAAAUUAUUACAGCAGAAAAAUAUUUUUUUAGAGAAAAUGUUGUUUUUUAAAGAUAGAGUUAAGAAGAUUUUUGUAUGAUAGAAGUGCCUUAACUAAUUUUUAAAACAAAUUAAUUAAACUCCAUCCAAUAUGUGAUAAGUUUUUCUUUAGAUUUCGUAAUAGGUUUUAUACAAUACAUAAAUGUAAAUAUAAAAAAGAUUAGCUGCUUUUUGAAGUUCAGCACACUUUUUGAAGUUGGCCAAAAAUUGGUACCAACUAUAUAAAUUUCAUUGUUUUUAUGAAAUAUUGUUGAACAUUUGUUAAAUAAUGUUGUAUGGCAAAGGUUCUAAUUUGAGAACAAUGUAAAUGUGUUAAUGUGUGAAUUUAAAGUAAUUUAUAUAGUACUUAGUUCAAAGCAAUCCUUGUAGUUUUUCAUAUAAUAUGACCUUACAUGAUAAUAUUGUAAAUUAUGAUACAUCUAUGUUAAUGAUCAUUCCACAUAGCUCAGUAUUUCUAGCAAAUUAAUUUAUAAGGAAUGUUUGAUUUCAAUUUGUAUUUUUUUAUUUGUAUUAUCUGUUUAUCAUAAAAUACAAUUAUAAAUUAUCAC